GUCGUACUUUCCACCUGCAUACUUAAACUUCCAACCUCGCGCAGUGACAAGGUGUUGGAGAGAAAGAGCAAGUCUGAGUGUUUGCUGCUUGUUUGCCCUUUUUCCCCCCAUCUUUGAAUUAAAAAAAAAAAAAAAAAAACAUCCAGAAGUCAUCCAGAGAGAAGAGGCAGCACAUUGGUAUGGCUGAGAAAUCUCUGGAGUCUGGAGCUGUCUCCAUUCCCGUGGGGAAAGCUAUACGGCCUUUGGGUGGCCAGGAGCCACCGCUGCUACCACGCCUGAAAAAGAUGGAAGACCACAUCACAGAUGCCCAUCGCUUCUCCCACCUUCCCCGCCGCUCCGCUGUGGACCUGAAGUUCAUUGACCUGACAUACACCAUCUGUGACGGGCCCUGGUGGAAGAAGAGAGGCUACAAAGCUUUGCUCAAGGAUCUGUCGGGGAGGUUCUGCAGUCGGGAGCUGAUUGGCAUCAUGGGGCCCUCGGGGGCCGGCAAGUCCACCCUUAUGAACAUCCUGGCUGGGUACAGGGAGAGGGGGUGGACAGGGCAGAUCCUGGUAAACGGGAAGCCCAGGAACCUGCGUACUUUCCGUAAGAUGUCUUGCUACAUCAUGCAGGACGACAUGCUGCUGCCACACCUUUCCACACGAGAAGCCAUGAUGGUGUCUGCCAAUUUAAAGCUUAACGAGAGUAUGUCCGUGAAAAAAGAGCUGGUAAAGGAAAUCCUGACAGCACUGGGAUUAGAGGAGUGUGUUCACACCCACACCAUCUCGCUUUCAGGGGGGCAACGCAAGCGACUGGCCAUCGCCCUAGAGCUGGUCAACAAUCCCCCUGUUUUGUUCUUCGAUGAGCCUACCAGCGGCUUGGACAGCACCUCCUGCAUCCAGGUGGUCUCCCUCAUGAGGUCCUUGGCCCAGGGUGGACGAACCAUCAUCUGUACCAUCCACCAACCCAGCGCCAAGCUCUUCGAGAUGUUUGAUAAGCUUUACAUUCUGAGCCAGGGCCAAUGCAUCUACCAGGGGACUGUGCCAUACCUCAUCCCCUACCUGAAGGGUCUGGGCCUCCACUGCCCCACUUACCACAACCCUGCUGAUUUCAUCAUCGAAGUGGCCUCAGGCGAGUAUGGUGAUCUGAACCCUGUGCUGUUUGACGCUGCUCAGAAAGGAUUCUGUGCAACAGAAGGGGAGAAAACCUCCACUGAUAAAAAUGACCUCACCUCCUCCAGCCUUUCCCACAGUCACAGUGAUUCAGAGUAUACUGAGCAACAUACAUUUGCAACAAGCACCUUGACUCAGUUCUACAUUCUGUUCAAGAGAACUUUCAUCACCAUCUGUAGAGAUAUGGUGUUGACCCAUCUCAGGACGACAUCCCACAUUUGCAUUGGGGUGCUGAUUGGCCUGUUGUACUUCCAAAUCGGGAAUGAUGCCAGCAAGGUCUUGAAUAACACCGGAUUUCUCUUCUUCUCCAUGCUUUUCCUCAUGUUCGCCGCUCUGAUGCCCACUGUGCUGACAUUCCCCCUCGAGAUGUCUGUGUUCUUAAGGGAGCACCUCAACUACUGGUAUAGCCUGAAGGCCUAUUACCUGGCCAAGACAAUGGCAGAUAUUCCAUUCCAGAUCAUCUGCCCCGUCAUAUACUGCAGCAUUGCCUACUGGAUGACUGGGCAGCCCCCAGAGGCCAGCCGCUACCUGCUCUUCAUGGCUCUGUCCACCUCCACAGCCCUUGUGGCUCAAUCUCUAGGGCUUCUGAUUGGAGCAGCAUCUACCUCCCUUGAAGUGGCUACCUUUGUAGGUCCUAUCACUGCCAUCCCCGUCCUUCUCUUCUCCGGCUUCUUUGUAAACUUUGACACCAUCCCCAAAUAUCUCCAGUGGAUCUCAUAUGUGUCCUAUGUCAGGUAUGGCUUUGAAGGUGUGAUCCUGUCCAUCUAUGGAAUGAACCGUUCUGAGCUGGAAUGUCCAACCGAUGCGUGCAAGUUUCAAAAGCCGGAGGAGGUCUUGCAGCUGAUGGAUGUGGAUGACAGCAAGCUUUAUGUGGACUUCAUGGUGCUUGGAAUCUUUUUCGUGGUGUUGAGAGUGCUUACUUCUCUAGUCCUACGCUAUAAGGUCAAGUGGGCCGUCACAUUUUGAACACAUCCACAAUUAGUGUUUGAUUUUUACACUUGUGGGAUUUGGUUGUCUUGCUCAGAUGGUCGCUGGAAGAAACCAAGCAAAUCAUCAGAAACGUAUUUCUUCAACUCGACUGUCCUUAUCUUAGACAAAGGUUGAGAAAAAAACAGUUCAGUGGGACUGUAUCGAGUAAUAUGUCAUGGUAUGAAGAAGCAUCAAUACAAUCAUUUAAUGUGCUGCUGAUCUGGCACAGAGAAUUGUGGUUGCUGGUUCAGAGUUUAUACCUUAGAACUGAAAUAUAUUGUAUGUAAGAUAAUGUUUCUGUACUGUAUCUGUCAGA